AUGCCACGCAAGACUCGAACCCCCGAGUCUCUCGCUCUCAACCGCGAGAACCAGCGUCGCUCUCGCGCAAGACAGCGUGAAUUGCUCGACGAUCUGCAGAAUCGCGUGCGUGAGUUUGAGCGUCGCGAUGGCCAGGCUACGCUGGAGAUGCAGCGUGUUGCGAGAGCCGUUGCGGGUGAGAAUGCGGCGCUGAGAGGUUUGCUUGCUGCCAAGGGCGUGUCGGCUGAGGAGGUUGAGGCUCAUGUUGAGGCUGUUAGGCAUGAAGAGAAGAUGGUUGCCAGAGCGGGCGUGGCGACUGUUACGCCUGUCUCAACACCGUCUUCUAAUGCUUCGCCUGUUGUUAUUGCCUCAAGACCUACGCCGUGCUCACAGCCUCAAGGAUGUGGUCCGGUGAGGGAGAACAGUAACCCUCCGUUUGCGAUUCAGCCCAAGAUGUACUCGCCGCCAACACCUGCUACGACUGCUGCUUCUUGCACAGAAGAAUCAGGCUGCUGUCCUAGACCAAAACCCGCUUCACAGCCACAACAGUCUGUACCUCAACCAAGAUCUCUUGACAAAAUUCACUGCAUGGAAGCUGCUACUAUCCUCGCUCAAAUCCGAGGCCAAUCAGACAUAUCUCAAGCUCGGGCUGCUCUUGGAUGUGCCGAAGGCGAAACCUGUAUGGUCCGCAACGCGGAUUUGCUCAAUUUGAUGGAUGAGAUGACCUGA